AUGCCUCUGACUGUUCUGAGGAAAUUGUCAACCAUUUUACCUAGAAGCACUGCCAAUCCCUUGGGCUCCACCGUCACCCCAGUGACUGUAGACAAGAUAGCGGGACUCAACACUCUUGGCAUUUCCAUGGCUCGUAUCGACUUUGGAAUAGACGGUUUGAAUCCUCCCCACACUCACCCGCGUGGCACUGAGAUAUUACUUGUCUUGGAGGGUACCCUGGGCUUCGUCACAUCCAACCAGUUGAACAACACUCUCUUUGCAAAAGUUCUUUACCUCGGAGAUGUUUUCAUUUUCCCCAUUGGGAUGAUUCACUUCCAGCUCAGCAUUGGAAAGACCAAUGCAGUCACGAUCACUGCUCCAAGCAGCCAAAACCCAGGAGUCAUCACUAUAGCCAAUGCAUUGUUUAAUCCAAAGCCGCCUAUUUCACCCGAAGUUUUAGCCAAGGGGUUCCAGGUGGAUGAGAAGUUUGUUGAGAAACUUCAAAAGAAGUUCUGGUACUACAAUUAA